AUGUUUGACCAGAAAUUCUUGAAUUCGUCCUCAACCCUGGUUGUGACAAAUGGACACCUGGGCGUCAGGUCUGAUCAUCGACCACCUCUCAACUCAACGAUUACCCUCAUUCAGGCCACCACUCGCGAUUCAGACCAGACCUUGCCCCAAGAAGAAAACGACAGCCGCGAACUCGAUGCGGAUCAGUACACUCGUUUGUCGCAUGUUCGAAAAAUCAUCAUCGUUAUCAUUCUCUCAUACUGUGCUAUCCUUGGCCCUAUCUCCUCCACUGCCAUCCUGGCCGCUGUUCCCGAACUUGCCAGGACGUUCAAUACCACUGGGGAUAUCAUCAACGCCAGCAACGCUCUUUACCUAGCAUUCAUGGGGAUAGCUGCCCUAUUUUGGGGACCCUUAAGUCAGAUCUCGGGCCGUCGUCCAGUCUUCAUCACGAGCUCCAUUCUCUUCUUCCUCUUCACCGUGGCCACAGCGCUGGCCCCUAACACCGAAUCUUACUUUGUUUUCCGCAUAUGCACAGCGUUCCAGGGCACUGCAUUCCUAGUGCUUGGAAGCGCUACUGUUGGAGAUAUCUUCGAGCCAAUGUCUCGAGCUUUACCAUUGGGAUGGGUCCUGUCAGGUACUCUGACCGGACCUGCCCUUGGUCCCUUCCUAGGGGGUGUUGUGGCUACUUUCCGCCCCUGGCGAUACAUUUUCUGGCUUCUCGCCGCAUUGAAUGGCUUUGCCGCCGUCCUCAUCAUUUUCUUCUUCCCCGAGACUAUCGCCCACAAAUCCAACGCCCAACUCAAAGGAAAGACCUUCCUUCAACAAACCAAACAACUCGGCAGCCAUAUUUGCCCCAUCCGCAUUGCCCGACUGGUCUUCUCCUACCCGAAUAUCUUCCUCGCCAGUCUCGCCGCCGGGACCUUAGUCUGGAACCAAUACGCCCUUCUCACUCCCAUCCGCUACGUCCUCAACCCCCGCUUCCACCUCACCACUCCCGUCCAAGCCAGCCUCUUCUACCUCGCCCCGGGCUGCGGCUACCUAGCCGGCGCCUUUGUCGGUGGCCGCUGGGCCGAUCUCGUGGCCCGAAAAUACGCCAAGAUCCGCGGCCAGCGCAUUCCCGAAGACCGUCUUCGCUCCUGCGUUCCCUUUAUCUGCAUCGCCACCCCAGCCUGCGUCCUCAUCUACGGGUGGACGGUGGACCGAGAAGUUGGCGGGGUCCCGGUGCCCGUAAUCUCCAUGUUCCUUCAAGCUGUGGCCACAAUGUUCUGCUUCCCAAGCCUAAACACCUACGGUUUGGACGUGAUGCAGGAAAGUGGCCGAAGCGAGGAAGUCGUCGCAGCCAACUUUGUCUUUCGAUAUGUAUUUGCCGCACUGGGGACAGGCGUUGUCCUUCCCGCCGUCCAGGCAAUGGGAGUGGGGUGGUUUAGUACCAUCUCUGCGCUGCUUUUGACGGCUGUCGGCUUUGCGGUCUUCUUGAUUGCCGAGUAUGGGCAUCAAUGGAGGGAGGCGGUUGAUGCAAAGCUUCAGGCCAAAGCAAAAGCGAAAGGGGAGAAGAAGACCCCUGAGCAGGUAUGA